AUGAGUUCCAGAAAGCAGGGUUCUCAACCUCAUGGACUACAAUCUGCAGAAGACAACUUCAAAAAGCCAACUAGAAGGAGCAUGCCGAGAAGUAAGAUGAGAGGGGCUUCACUGGAAAAGAAGAGAGCUGGUCCGCAGCAGAAGAAUCUUGAACCAGCACUUCCGGGCAGUUGGGGGCGUUGUUCUGCUGAGAGCCCUCCUUCCGGAUCCGUAAGGAACACAAGAACGAACGAGCAGAAGACCCCUGAAAACGGAGAUAGUGGCGGUACCAGCGAACCACCUCAGCCACCUCAGAAGAAAAGGACCCGGGCAGACUGCACUGGUGAAAAUAAAGAGGCAUUGAAGAAUAAAAUGGAAGUUAAAGUGGAGAUUCCUGAAGAACUAAAACCAUGGCUUGUAGAGGACUGGGACUUAGUUACCAAUCAGAAGCAGUUAUUUCAGCUUCCGGCUAAGAAAAACGCAGAUGCCAUUCUGGAAGAAUAUGCAAACUGCAAGAAAUCUCAAGGAAACCACGAUAAUGAAGAAUAUGCAGUUAAUGAAGUCGUGGCAGGAAUAAAAGAAUAUUUCAACGUGACCUUGGGAACUCAGCUGCUCUACAAAUUUGAGAAGCCCCAGUAUGCUGAAAUCCUCGCGGCUCAUCCUGAUGAACUGAUGUCCCAGGUUUAUGGAGCGCCACACCUACUGAGAUUAUUUGUGAGAAUCGGAGAAAUGUUGGCCUAUACGCCCUUUGACGAGAAGAGCCUUGCAUUAUUAUUCAGCUCCUUGCAUGAUUUCCUAAAAUUUCUGGCGAAGAAUGCUGCCACUCUGUUUACUGCCAGUGAUUACAAGGUGGCUUCUGCUGAGUAUCAGUGCAAAGCUCUGUGAGGGUCAAUUGACCACUCACUGUUUUAUCUGGGUGUCUAUAAAUGCUCUCUUUUGUCCCUAGUCUUUUUCCUGCAUAAUUGA